AUUCAUUUGUGCAAAUACACGGAAUUAGGGGUGUCGAAGCUAUCGCUCGUCCCCCGUGUCGCUGGCUUCGGAUUUCGGACCGUCGAAGAAUUUAAAACUUACAGAAGUGAAAACCUGCUCUCUGCGUCGAAAACAUGGCGGGAAAGCAGAUCGCAGGUGACUCUUUUACAUCUAAUCUUGCUGGGAUGUCAAAGAACCAGCUUUACGACAUCAUGUCGCAGAUGAAAACUCUAAUCGAACAGAAUCAGCAGCAAGCGAGGCAGAUACUGGUCGAGAAUCCUCUUUUGACAAAAGCCCUUUUCCAGGCACAAAUUAUGCUUGGGAUGGUACAACCUCCACAACUGAUGCCAAACAUUCAACAAUCUCUAUCUCAGCAUUCUCAACAAUCGGUACAAACAGGUCAGCAACUAAAUGUUCAGGCUGCACACUCAUUGCCAAUCCAAGUUGGACAACAGGAUCAAGCAAGUGCAUCCCAGACCCAAAUUCCAGUUAGAAAGCAACAUCAGAACCAACCUGCAAUGCCUCUCCCACCUGCUUCUGUUCCACCGGUAACCCAUCAAUCACAGCCAAUGCCAUCACAUUCUCUACAGAAAGUGCAGCAGGCUAAGGGGCACUUGAAUUCAGCAAUGACCUCAAUGUCACUUCCACAAUCCUCCCAAAUUCAUGCUAUACCUUCACUUCCACUACAUUCUGCUCCACAGAUGCCCCCACUUCUUCCACCCCAGUUACCUGCUAUCUCCAGUCAGUCACAACAAUCAAUGCAGACUACAGGUGUUCCUCAUUUGCCACUGCAACCACCAUUACCACCACAGCCUAGGCCACCUUCAAUGCCACCUUUUCCACAUCAGCUUCAUUCACAGAUGGGGCCGAAUUUGGGUUACCAGCCAUCUGGUGCACCACAGCCUCACCUUUCGCAACCAACAUUUCAUUCAGUUACCAAACCCCCAGUUACAAUUGGUUCUACAUUUCCACAGGGACAGCCACCACUGCCAAGUCAGCCACCGCCUCAGUCACUAUAUCAGGUUGGUGGUUCACAUUUGGUGGAGUAUAGUCAGGCAGGAAGCUCCAUGCAAGUGGAACGAGGAGGUGCUUGGGUACACAGUCCAGCAGACAAUGCAACAGGAAUGCAGCUUCCAGGCCCACCGCCACUGGUACCUGGUCAUAUUGGCGCUGGUAGCCAGCCUCCACGUCCACCACAGUUAACUCCUGAGAUGGAGAAGGCAUUGCUUCAACAAGUCAUGAGUCUCACGCCAGAACAGAUUAAUCUUCUGCCUCCAGAACAAAGGCACCAGGUGCUUCAACUACAGCAGAUGCUGCGCUAAAUGAUGAGCUAUUGGCACACAAUUACAUGGCCAAACAUGAGUUCACGUUGCAGUGUUGACUGUACCACUAUCUGUUAGACUUGGUGCUAGCACGGUUCACCAUCAUAUUAGAUUAUUUGGCCAGCCUCAGUGAAGGAUCAUUAAGAAGUCAUCAAGAUGAUCCGGUGCAAGGCAAGCAAAAUUGAGCAUGCAAAACUGUUUAUUUAGCUUCAAUGCUGCAUCAGCCAAUCCAAUGCCGUUGAUGGUGAUCCACAUUGCUGAGGAUUUUUCUUGUUGAUCUUUAAUUUGAUUCCCAUCUAUCUUUGCCGCCCAUGUCUGUAAAAUUUUAUCGUUUCCGAAGUUCCCUCUGCUUAGUGCUUACUACUGUGAAUUAUAUAAUCAAUAUGGCGUUUAGAUUUAGAAGAUCA